CUGGUGGGUUUCCGCCUACCACCCGGCUUAAGACCUGGGCUGUUUCAUAGAAAGCAACUGGAAAGAAGACUUGAAGCCUUUCAUGGUGGUGUCUCCCGUGUCGUCGGCGCGUGGGCUGAUGACGGGCCCUAACAUGGUUUAUGCCGCCAUGGGGACCUUCCUGGCGGCCUGCGCCAUCGCGGGCCUGGCCACAUCGUCUGGCGGGGUGCUGCUCUUCACCUUCACUCUGGCGGCCCUGCUGGUGGUGGGGGAGCUGCUCUACUCAAAGUUCCUGGCGAGAAAGGUCUUUGGGAUCAGGCCGGGUGAGCCGGUGCCCAGCAAGGACCCGGCGCACCAGGGCAAUAUCGACUACCAUGCGUCCGACCCCUUCCUGCUGUUCGGACACCAUUUCACCUCAAUCGGUGAGUGAGCCAAGUGAGCAGCGAACAGCGUGGCUGCGUGAGGAUGUCUGUGUGUGUGUGUGUGUCUUGGCGAUGCAGCUGGUGCGGCUCCCAUUGUGGGCCCGUCGAUAGCGAUGUACUACGGCUGGCUGCCGUGCCUCAUCUGGAUUGUCGGAGGGGUCAUCUUCGCCGGAGCUGUCCAUGACUUCGGCGCACUCGUCCUGGCCACAAGAAACAAAGGCGAGACUCGCCAAAACGAGAAUUCAGCACGUGCAGACAGGAGAGGAAUUAUGCCCUAACUGGCUGCCUGCCUCUGUCCCUUCUGUCAGGCCGUUCUAUCGGAGACAUGUGCGGCAUCAUUCUGUCUCCGCGGUGUGGUAUCCUCUUCUUGUGCCUGCUAUCUUUUCUGACUUGGCUGCUGAUAGCGGUGUUCGUCAACGUGAUAGCCAAGCUGUGGAUCGACUUCCCGGAGACCGUUCUGCCAGUCAACGGACAGAUACUGGUGGCAGUGGCUGUGGGGGUGCUCUGGAGAUAUAAGAAGCAGCAGGUGGGCAUCUUCUGGCCAUCGGUUGUGGCACUUGUGGCACUCUAUGUGCUCAUCUGGCUGGGAGUCGCCGUCGAUGAAAGGUAAGCCUCGACCAACCGAGAGAGUGGGAUGCAUCGACGAGCCUGUUUGUUUAUGGUGUCAGGUUCGAUCACCCCUUCCAAGUGGUGCGGGGCUCGAUUUGUCGAAACGCAGUGAUGGAGGAGGGCUGCGAGUUCGGCGCACAGCAGGUGUGGACAAUUGUCAUUGGGGUCAUCAUCUUCGUCAGCAGCCUGCUGCCCGUCUGGCUGCUCGUCCAGUCCAGGAAUGCCAUCAACGCACUCCAGCUGGAAACCUGCAUGUGAGCCAUCUUGUAGCAGACUUUCAAGCGCCCACCAACAUCCAUCUGUGCGUCAGGCUGGGUCUCUUCAUCGGUCUGCUGGUGGUCAGUCCAAGUAUCAAUGCCGAUGUAGUGCGGUCGGCCGAGACCAAAGCCACUGAGGCGUCGCUGGGUGGCGGAGAAGGAGACCCUCUGUUCCCCAUGCUGUUUGUGACCAUUGCCUGUGGGGCCGUCAGCGGCAUACAUGGGCUCAUUGGAUCCAUGUGAGCAAGAGACCCACACACACACGCAUUAUGCUGGAGUGGUUACCUGUCUGUCUGCGUGUCUCAGAGUGACCUCCAAGCAAUUAUCGUCGACAACCCACGCCCGCCCCAUCGGCUACGGUGGCAUGCUCGGCGAAGCAGCUCUCGCAGCGCUCGUGACCACCAUCUGUGCAACAAUGGUCAGUGAAUUUCAAUCGUGGCACCCAUGCUGUCUGCCUGCCGCCACAUCCAUGCCCUUUCCCUCCCAGGUGACGUACAGCGACGCUUAUGCCACGUGGAAGGAUGCGUCAGGGACCGGGCAGAACAACUUCGUCCACGGCGGUGGGGCGCUGUUGGCGUCUCUGGGCAUUCCCGUUGCUGCGUCUCGAUCCGUUGUGGUUGUCAUGGUCGUGGCAUUCGCCUCAACCUCACUCGACACAUACGCUCGUACGGGAAAAGGGGAGGGGGCGACGCACAGACAGCUUUCUAUGUGUGUGAAUGUGCGGCUCAGGUAUGCAGCGCAUGCUGAUAGCUGAAGUGGGCGACACAAUCGAUCAACUUGUGUAUGGGAAGCAGACCGACUCGCCCGUCUCCGUGUGGAAGAGGCCAGUGAGGGUGCUCACCCGGGCAUUUCAGCAUCCCUUUGUCGGCUGCACCUUGGCUGUUGUGCCGGCGAUCUUCCUGGCCAACUCCCGGACAGUCGACUCGCUGUGGCAGCUGUUUGGCGCGACCAACCAGAUGGUGGCCGCUCUCAACCUUCUCACGGUGAGCGAUGAGACAUGGACAGGGAUGAUAUCGUGCGGAUCUGAAGAAUGGCUCGUCCAUGUGUGUGCAGAUAAGUGUUUAUCUCUUGCGGCUGACGUCGUCCCCAUGGAAAGCCCUGACCUACUUCGCGCCCUUCAUUUGGCUGUUUGUCAUGACCAGCUGGGCUCUGCGGGUCAGCGACUUGAAUUGAGACCUCCAGCCUCAUCUCUGUGCACAUGUGUUGGUCAUCUAUGCGUCUCCAGGUCCAGCUGUCGAGUUGGUUGACCGCUCCUAGACUGGGCGCCUCCGAUUGGCUUGCUAUCAUUAUCGGCUUUCUCAUCGCAUGUCUGGUGGCGUGGAUCGUGCUCGAGGUCGCACUUUGGAUCGCACAGGGAAAAUACAAACACGACAGCAGGUAUGCGAAUGGCUGUCCAACGUAUGCCCACAGUUUUAACGAUCCUCUCUACGUGUGAUUUAUGCAGGUUCAUCUGUGAGGAUGAGGAUGGCCGUGUUGGCACAUACAAGAUGACUAAGAAUGGCAUUCCACCAGCUGUCGAGACUCGUUCUGCCGACUUUCCAGCCAAGAAAUCGUCUUCUGUGAUCGAAAGCGACGCUGGCGACGGAUGCAGCACUUCAGCACCCCGCGCCAUGUCCAAACAGGAUGGUUCGUUUGUAACUCAGCCGAGCAUCUCCAUAGAGAGACAGUACGAUACAGAAGCAGCAGGGGAGGAGGACGACUUCGAUUGCGGCGACGCGUGCGAAGAAGAGGAGGCCACGCGGCGUGUCAGGGCCUUCUUCGAGAGGGCCGCUGAGCACGGCAUGGCCUGUUGCUAGGCCGAGAGUCCCUGCCUUUAUAUUUCUGUCUCCCUGUAGAUACACGUACGUCAUGUGGAUAGAGGAGACAUGUGAUGUCUAUGGGUGGACCUUCUUUUUCCGUUUGGGACUUGGCUGAUUACAGCGACAAGUAAAGAAGACAGGCGGGCGGUCGCGAUGUAUAGGGCUUGGUAUGAAACGUAUAUGUCCAUGUAAUGUAUCCUGUCGUGUACCCCGCCAUCAUGCCUCAUGACAAGUGCUACGUCGAGAUCGCAUGUUUGCUUUAUGCUCGCUGUCGGUGUCUCGUGGUGAGUGACGCUUUGUGGUAUAGCGCGAGGGAUCCUUUGCUUCGCUGCGGGUCGGUAGGGUCGCGAUAUGGGUGUUACAUGCAAAUAACAGCAAGAUUGAAGAAUCAACAAACACUGCGAUGAUGUAGGCCGAAGUGUCUUUUCACUGGACCAGCUCAAAUUGUCAGUGACUCUAUAGACAGACAGACAGACCGAU